CCCAACCCGAAGGACUACGGCUUCAGUUGGGAACACUCAUCCGGGAGGAAACAUGCGGGCAGUCGCUGAGCUGUGGGUCCUACUGGCUGCUCUGGUGGCCGGCGUCCUGUCCGAACUGGUGACGCUGGUGCAGGAGCGGGUGAAGCCGGAGUCCCCUGUUCUGCCGCCGAAGGUUAUGAUCGCCAUCCUGGCGCGGAACGCAGCGCACAGCCUGCCGCACCACCUGGGCUGCAUCGAGAGGCUGGAGUACCCGAAGGAGCGCAUAGCUAUCUGGGCAGCAACAGACCACAAUGUGGACAACACCACUGCUAUGUUAAGAGAAUGGCUGAAAAGAGCACAGCGUGUUUAUCACUACGUGGAGUGGAGGCCGAUGGAGGAACCGAGUUCCUACACAGAUGAGUGGGGUCCGAAACACUGGCCUCCUUCCAGAUUCAGCCACGUCAUGAAGCUGAGACAGGCGGCCCUGAAGGCUGCCAGGGAACGAUGGGCCGACUACAUACUGUUUGUUGACAGUGACAACCUGCUGACCAACCCCCGAGUGCUGAGCCUGUUGAUGGCCGAGAACCUGACGCUGGUCGCCCCCAUGUUGGAGUCUCGCUCUCUCUAUUCCAACUUCUGGUGUGGUGUCACCCCACAGGGUUACUACAAGCGAACCCCGGACUACCAGCCCAUCAGGGAGUGGAAGAGGCUUGGCUGUUUCCCUGUUCCCAUGGUGCACAGCACCUUUCUUUUGGAUCUUCGGCGUGAAUCCAGCCGGGACUUGGCUUUCUACCCACCUCAUCCGGACUACAGCUGGGCCUUUGAUGAUAUCAUGGUGUUUGCCUUCUCGGCACGUCAAGCAGGCGUGCAGAUGUAUGUGUGCAACAAGGAACACUAUGGCUUCCUGCCCGUCCCUCUCAAAGCUCAACAAAACGUGGAGGAUGAAAAGGAGAGUUUCAUACACACCGUCACAGAAGCUCUAAUUGAACACGACAUCGAUCCUUCUCAGUACGUCUACGCACCACUGUUGCCCCCGGAUACAAUGGGCUUUGAUGAAAUUUUCCUGAUCAACUUGAAACGGCGGCUGGACAGAAGGACCAGGAUGCUGAAAACAAUGGCCUCCCUGGGCAUUCAUGGCACACUGAUUGACGCCGUGGACGGAAAAGCUCUGAAUACAUCCCAGCUGCAGGCACUUGGAAUAGAGAUGUUGCCAGGCUACAAGGAUCCAUAUUCUGGUCGCGUCCUAACCAGAGGGGAGAUCGGCUGCUUCCUGAGUCAUCACUCCAUAUGGAAACUGGUGGUUGAGCGUGGCCUCCAGAAGGUCCUUGUUCUGGAGGAUGAUGUGAGGUUUGAGCCCAGGUUUAAACGAAGACUUCAGGCUAUAAUGGAGGACAUAGAAAAAACCCACCUGGACUGGGACCUCAUCUAUGUGGGAAGGAAGCGUAUGCAGGUACAGCAGCCCGAGCAUUCAGUGGAAGGUGUGAACAACCUGGUUGAAGCCGACUAUUCCUACUGGACCCUCGCUUACGCUCUCUCACAGGAGGGGGCUCGAAAGUUACUGGCAGUUCAGCCUUUAACAAAGAUGCUGCCCGUCGAUGAAUUUCUACCCAUCAUGUUCAACAAACAUCCAAAUGUUCAGUAUAUGUCCCAUUUUGAGCCACGGAACCUGAAAGCCUUUUCUGUGGAGCCAUUGCUGCUCUAUCCCACCCAUUACACCGGAGAGCCAGGCUACAUCAGCGACACCGAGACUUCCACCAUCUGGGAUGACGACGCAAUCGCCACCGACUGGGACCGGCAGCACGCACGCAAAACGGCCCAGCAGGGUCGUAUCCGCCCCGUAGCACAGAACACCGUCACCGGAGACUCUCCGCCUCCUGCUGCCCGAGCCUCACGCGAUGAGCUCUGAUAAAGACCCAGGAGAGUCUCUGAAUGUCCCACAUAUCCGCACUUAAAAAGAACCUGGAGCUGACAUAUUGCACAGGCAUUCACACUGAUAAAACUGGUGGAUUAUGGCAGAAAUGAGAUGAGCCUCGUAUCUGCUGCCUGUGGAAGGGACGAAGCAAGCAGAACCCGGGACGAGGGCCAGCAAGCCUUCUACAAAGAGCUUUAUUUAUUCUCCAUGUGGGUUUUUCGUGCAUGGAUCCAGUUACGGCCUGAAAACUUUACAAGGAAGUCAUGACAACAUGUACAUGAUGUGAAAAGAAAAGGAAAAAAAAAACAAAUCUUGCGUGAAUUAAUUUUUAUGUUGCAAAAAGAUUGUUAUUUUUAUUUAAAGGGAACAGAUGUGUCUAACAGACUGUUGGGGAAUAAAAGAAAGUUAAAGCCAACCAAGACCUUUUUUCACAAAGCUGUGCAACAACAUCUCUACUGUAUUUGCGUCUCGGUUCGCUUUUUGGUGCUUUUUCGUUUUUUUUUUUUUUUUUUUUAAUCAAAACGGAACAUGUGUGAGAGAAGAGAGGCGCAUGUUUUGUAGGCGGGUAUGCCUCCUUUGCAGAUAAUGUCAUGCAAACAGAAUAAGAUACAAUAUGCAGCCGUUUGUUGCCAAGCAGCAAGGCAUUAACAAAUGCUUUAAGAAGUAAAAGUCCCUGCUGCAGGAGAGAGAGGGUCUUUCAUAGUGGGCUGGUCCUGCUUGUUAAUAUUUCAGGGCAUCAUGUUACCAUUAAAAUGAACAAUAAAAAGUUUUAAUAAUUUCUGAUGAUUUUAAAACAUACGAUUGUUGUUUUUAAAAAGUUUGGAUUCUUUGAUUCUCUCCAUCAACACAGGCUCUUUUUAAGUUCAAGGAAUAAAGUAGCUUCCUUAUCUCCCUGUUAUCUCUGUCUCUGCAGACUAAACUGGCAGAUGCUGUCCUUUUACUUUGUCUUUUUACAAUCUCGGGUUGCUGUUGUAGUGCUGACAUGGUGGAGUGUGUGGAGAAUAUAAAAGAAUAGGGAUUGACUUGUGUAUAAUAUUGUUUGAAGAGUUGAGAACAAGCAGUUUUUCUGUGAAUGUUCCCACGAUUUUAAGGGAUGUCAUAUAGAGGGGUUACACAUGGUUUGCAUGGAGCAUUGGUGUAAAGGAUGUUCUGUUUUAGUGCUGCUACCUCCUGGUGUUCACCAGUUCUGUAAAAUAUUGCUGCUGGUGUUUUUUUUUUUCUUCUUCCUGUCGACUGUGGGAUCCACCUAUAAGGUGUGAGGUGAGCAUAGAGCCACAACUGGGGGAAAAAAGGGGGUUAAACUUAGUUUCAUGCUUAGGUUUUCACAUCAUUUUUAACUCUUUUUGUCUACGUUUUUGACAUGUUAAAACCAAAGACUUAUUGGGUUUUUAUGUAAAAGAUCAAGGAACAGGAUCUCUUGCUUUUACUUUGUUCCUAAAACAAAAGCAAAACCUAAAAGUCUUAAAGAUGUGGUUGUAUUCGCAUUACUAUGAUACCCCUAAAUAAACAAAACAGUUCUAACAGUUACCCUCAGAAGUCACCUAAUUAGAAAAUGUGCAUAAUUGGGACAUCUUGAUUGUCCUGUGAAGGCUUUAGCAGUUUGUUAAAGAAUAUUACUGAUAAUCAACAUCAUGAAGACAGAGAAAAUCAGCAGAGGAGAAGAAACUACAGUUAAAUGAAAUCUAAAUUACGAUCAUUUUUGCCACAAGCUAUAAAGCAUGCAGGUAGGUUUGAUGGGAGCAUCAGAAGCCUUGGAGCUAAAUUGAAAUGCUAUCUGUCCAGAUGUACCGGUACCAGCCCAGAUGAUUGUGGCAUUUCAGAUGUUUCAUAAAAGCCAUUAAAGAGGUGAGAUCUGGGCAAAAAUUGUCCCUCCAGCUGGACAUUAAAUCUAACUUCACAUCCAGCGACAUCCUGAUAUGUUACAGCUGUUUUCCCUUUUGAGUUUGGAUUUAAAGGAAAGUUAAAUCUUUUAGAUUCACAUUGAGUUAAAAUUUAAAUUCUUUCAAUUUACAAGCUUACUAAAAAAGUAUUCUUUUAAAAUCCAAUAAAGGCUCAUGAGGUGUGAACACUGUUCAAUAUAUGGGGAAGAAUGCAAAGGAAACAAGUUGGUGUUCAGAUGCAUGGCUGGAUGUUUCUCUUUCUUUUAGUCGAGCUUCAUUAAAGCGGUUAAGAGCUGUUAGAUUUCCCAGCAUCAUUAAUUAUUUUUUCUUGUUUAAUAAACUAAUCUAGGCCUCUCUUAUCUGUCUGUUAAAAAGUAAAUUUUUGCUGUUAAGAAUUAUUUGCAGAUGUCCAUGCCCCCAAUGCUGCAUCUAAAGGAACAUUUGUCCUGUACUGCCAUCUGCUGGUGUAGAUAAAUAUUCCACUGUGUACAGUUACACAGGCAUAUUGACCUAAAAAAUGGAUUUCAUUUAGUGUUUUUAUAUAAAAAAGACAAAAGCAGCUGUUGUCACGUUACACUUUACAAGAUAAACAACCCCAGUUUAUUUUUAAUCGCAUUUAUUUAAUAUAAUUCAUCCCAAUCUGAUGUUAAAUUCAGAGCCUGUCAUGUAUAUAUUGUUGAGUUUGGUCCAAUAUACAACACAAUAAAGUCUAAAUGUAUAUUUUAUUAGAAGAAAAUAACAUUUCCUCUCAGGAAGCUUGACUAAAGGAGCUUGUAGCAGCAGCAGUAAAGAUGAAUUAUUCCUUUUUAACAAGACAAAUCCCCCAGCAGUAAAAGGCUUUAUUUAACAGAUCAUUGAGUGGUGAUGAGGAGGAGGACAGUCAUUUUAAAAGUCAUAGGAUUGUCAGUUCUGGGUGACAUACUAUAGAAUAAAUAACCAUAAUAUUAAAGGUCUACCAAUAUCCUUGUCCAAGAAGAAAUCACAAUACAAUAAUAACUCCUCCUCAACUUAGAUGCUAUCCAACUGUUUAAUACUUAAUGUUACGAAAUUAUAGCAUCAAAUCUUACCUUUAAUUUUUCUUAUAAAUUCUCACAUCUCUGCCUAAUUCUGUUUUGAAUGUGGUUAAUGAUUACUGGACUUUUCAAUGAGACGCUGAACUUCUGGAAGAAUCUGGGGCUACAGGUGUCAGCAUGCAGCAAUAAACUUUAUAUCCCUCUGAAAGAUUAUAAAGUAAGUACUGCUGGAGGUUUGCAAAUGUGUAAUGUAGUUAAAGAUUACAUAUUACCAUUGUGCAUGUUAUACUGAAAGCCACCCGGGAUGUUCAGGCUUUGACAGUCAAUGAAGGUCACUGACCUGGACUCAUGAGAGGCAUUUAGUUUGCAGUGAUUAGAGCUUUGUGCUUUAUUCUCCAUACAUGCAUUUACACAGUAAUGAACUAAAUGGUAGUUAGAAUCUGUUAGCAGAGCAGUAAUUCAGGGUAAAGUUAUCACUUGGAUAAAGAGAGUUUUUGUAUUCUCCUAGAUUAAUGUUUUAUCUUCCCUCUGUAUUAUCAUGUGUUCUGUAUAAAUAUGCCCACCAGCUUAUGUUCUGAUAUCAUUUUUUAAUGGUUACUUUUAUAUAUUCACAUUCCUUAACAGACUGAAGUAGCAAAAUAAUUCUCGGGCUUUUUAUAAUCUGUGUUUCUGGAAAACCAAGGUCAUAGAGGAGCAGCUUAGAUUUACUUUACAUUUCUAUCCCUUAAAUGUAUCUCCAGGUACAGCAUGUACAUAAAACUGAGCUCUUUUUAUGAUUUCAUUCAUUGUGUGGAUUUUUUGUAUUUUUUUUGUUGGACUGUGGGUCUCUUAUUGCCAUAAGAGAAUACAUAUUGCAUGACAUAUUUCUAAUGCACCAUUAGAUUGAAAAAUACAGUCAAAAAGCAUGUGAACGUUUUUCCCUUUCUUUUUACACAACAACUAACUUCGUAGCUGCUUUUGAUGUUAAUGGGACUGAUUGCAGCAAUAAAUGUUGCAAAAUUGAAUUGCAGUGUUUAAAAAAACCUUCUCUUUGUAUGAUUGGAUCCCAUCAAUGUAUGUCAUUUUAGUGUAUUAGUUAGUUAAACAAGGACAGUGUACAGUACAAAAUAAAGAGUGAGUUGAAUUGCAUUAUUAAAUUUCCACAUCUUGUCUAUA